UUUGCCGCUCCCGCCAGUUUCCGCUCCGCCCCCUGUCCCUCCAGUCUGCGUCAUGGCUUCCGAUGCGGAGUUGGCCUGUAUCUACAGCGCUCUCAUCCUGUACGACGACGAGGUGGCCAUUACCGAGGAUAAACUCAAUGCACUGAUGAAAGCGGCAGGAGUUACAGUGGAGCCCUUCUGGCCGGGCUUGUUUGCUAAGGCCCUGAGCAACGUGAACAUUGGCAGCCUGAUCUGUAACAUUGGUGCUGGGGGUGCUUUACCCCUGGGUGCUUCCACUCCUAGUGGAACAGCUGCAGCUGGGGGAGCUCCUGCAGGUGCUGAUGCUGAAGAGAAGAAAGCCGAGGUUAAGGAAGAAUCGGACGAGUCUGAUGAAGACAUGGGCUUUGGGCUGUUCGAUGAUUAGUCUGUGCAGUCCAAGCAAGAAGGUUUAUUGAACAGCUUCCUAUCAACAGCAAGAAUGACCCCCAGAACCCACGCCAACCCAAAGCUCACAAAAUGGAUGGAAAAGAUGGCAGGAGACACAUUCAAUCACUUCCUGGAUAACUCAAUGUUUGGUUGGAUUUAAUGCUUCUUUUAACCAAAUCCCUUUGUAUCAGGCAGUCUGGGUUCCCAAUUAUGACCCAUCCUGCAUUUGAUUAGACCCUGUACUGGGAACAUUGAGCAUGCUCCCUGUAGCAAUCAUGCUACAUACCAACACUGGCCCAACUUGCUUUUGGCUGAGAUUUGGGGGUUGGAGCUUCCUAUUCCUGCAUGCGUCCUUUGCACUUUUGACCUGUUGUUUUUUUGUAUUCUCUGGUAUCAGCUUCCUCAGAACCAGUAAAAUAGCUUCCUCCCUUGUGAAAUAAUGCUAGAGGCUGGGACACUGGAGAUUUUAGAUUGAUAGUGGGGGAGGUUUUGGGGUGGGUGGUGGAAGCAGAGACAGCACACUGCAAUCCCAGCCCUCCACUCUCACCCCUGAAAUGCACUUUUCGGAAGUAGGAGAAAUUACUGCAGCAUAAACUUGCACCAUUUUAUUAUAAAUAACAGUGCUUGAACUUAAAUAUAGUUUUAUUUUUUAAGAUAUUAUAUUAAUUUAAAAUAGUGAUUUAAGGGGGCUGUUGCAAAAUAGUCCAUGUCUGUCCAUUUAGAAAUGUUGCACUGUGAAUGCCUAUUUUAUGCAUCAUAUUGAACUGUAUACUUGCGCCUACACUAAGAGAACGAGGGAGUCUAGACAUGACGUGAUAGAGCUUUGUGUUCUUUUGUUGAAUGUUGCACUCACAAACUUAAAUUCACUGUGGUUUGUCUUUACUUCUUAACAGGGCAUUGUUGCCAGUUUAAGCAUUUUGCAGGAGACUCUUCCAGAUUUUACUAAGCUCCAGUACAGACCAUCUCUUUGCAACACAUGCGCUGAACUUUGCUGCACUUUAUCCCCAUCCCUCCAGCCCCAGUUAAUUAUUCAAGGAGUUGAGCCCUUUGAAAAAUAAUUCCAUGAAAUAGUGAGUAUCCCCCUUUAAAGGGUGAAAAUUAUUUUUUCCAUACAUCACGGACUAAAGUUUCAAUACACUGGUUAAAGAAACAACUGUAAUAUUUUUGACUGUGUUUGUAUCCUCCUUAUGUAGCAAUUAUGUCCAAACAGUUGUUCAAAUGAUGUGGUUGAAAAUGUUUGUUUUCCUGUAACACAGCUGAGUGUGGUAAUAAAGGCUGCGAUGUCUUCAAA